AUGAAGUUCUACCCUAAAUCUCGAGUGGAGCGGCCUAGCAUCCACCACCCAUCUGUUCGGCCGCGUCGAUUGGGUCUCCUAAAGGCAGCUGCUGUCAAUCUCGUGCUUCUCCAAGUUCUAUUCCUUAGUCUGUUCUGUUACAUAUUCGGGUCCCUCUUCCAGCAGUCAGGACACAUUCACAACAUCAAUGUUUUGUUCGUUGACUACGACGGCGGCCCCAUAGGUGAUGCGGCCCGUGCCGCGUUCCAAAAGCUCAAAGGACCCAGCUUUCCAACUUUCAUUGAACAGCCUGCCUCCGUUUACCCUCAACCUGGCUCGAUUGAAGGUGCGAUCUGCGACAUCGAAUACUGGGGAGCGCUAUAUACUACAGCAAAUGCAUCGAACGCAUUGAGUGCCGCAUUUGCAGGUGGACCAGCUGCGUCAUCAUACGAUAAGAACAACGUUCUCACCUUAGUGUGGAAUGAAGCGCGCUAUCCAACGGUAAUUGACUCUGUCCUUGCAGAUAGCGCCAAAUCAUUCUCGGAAGCUGCACGUGUGGCGUACUCACAGGCCAACGGCAAACUGUCUCUGCAGACUAUCAACAGCUCUGAUUCUGCCGCGCUUGCAGCAUUCUAUGACCCUUGGAAAUUGGCCAGCAACAAUCUUCAACCCACAUCACAAGGGUCAAGAGUUAUCUACAACACGCUAGUUAUCAUUUUGAUCCUGAUCCAGGAAUUCUUCUACCUGGGUACUAUCAAUGGAUUGUACGCCCAAUUCAAACUCUACACAUCGGUUUCACCCCAUCGCAUCGUCGUUGUACGUCUAAUCAUCUCUGUGGUCUACACACUCAUUGGGGCUAUGUGUACAGCCGGUGCGAUCUGGGCAUUCCGAAGUGGUUGGGACGUCAAUGGAAAUCAGUUCGCGCUCACUUGGCUGGUAUUAUGGCUCUUUGCGCAUCUGAACUUCCUUUUCCUAGACGUUUUCACCAUCUGGCUUCCUCCUCCCUAUGUACCGAUGGCGCUGAUAUCGUGGAUCAUCGGGAAUAUCACUUCCAUUCUUCUCCCAUUCGAGCUGUCACCUGCUUUCUACAAAGUAGGCUUCGCCUUUCCGGCACAUGCUGUCUUCCAGGUGCUCAUAGACGUCUGGUCUUCUGGCUGCAAUCCCAAACUCUAUUACUCGCUACCUGUUCUCUUUGUCUACGAAGUUCUCGGUAUCAUUUUGAGCUCAAUUGGCGUCUAUAGAAGGGCUCAUUAUGCUUGCAUCAAACAAGAAAUGGACGAAAAGGCCUUCCAAGAGCAGUUCGAAGCCACACUCCGUGAGAAAGAAGAGGCUCAGCUGGCCAGACGGGAAAUGAUGAAUGAUUACGAAGGAAGCGGAACCUCGGACAGCGGGGAUCAGGAAGAGAAUGCCAUGCAAAGACGAGCCACAGAGACAACAAUCAAAUCUCAAGAACAGGCGGACUUGGCCGAUAUUAUCCACCGUGAGAUGUCCCGGCCGAGGACUGAAAGACAAGAUACCAGACGAGAGAGCACCGGUCCGUCUUUUUCCUUGCCUUACAGAGAUUGA